AUGACUGAACUAAGAUGUGAAGUCAAACGCUGCUUGCAGCGUUUGGAAAGUCUUCUUCGAAUUAAUGGAGAUAAUGAUAUAAGUGACCGGAUUCGUGAGAUUAGACAAGCCUCAGAUCCGCUCAUAUCUCUACGGCAGCUCUUCUCCGAUGUGGUACAGAGACGAAAUACACCUACUGAGAACGAGACUGAAUGUAUGAAUUUCUACCGUGAUUUCCAGUCAGCUGAUGGACCAUUGUCCACCAAGCAGGUAGAAAGCCUCACGGCUGUGACAAAACGAUGGAAGCUUGAUAAAGAAUAUGUUCAAAGCCUGAAAACCUGUGCCGAAUUAUGGUGCAAGUAUCCUAUUCUAUUCUGGCUCGGGCUACCUGAUAAGGAACCUACGAGGCGCUGUAUAAACGAGUUACAGAGAGCAGAUCAAAUUGACUCCACCAAGCGCAGGGUUCUGUUGGUCAUGUUAUCUGAAGAGGUUGAACGCCAAAGGGUCAAUAAUCAGACACAGAGAAGAAGGCGUAAGAGAGCAGAUCAUCAAGCAAAAAAGGCAUCUAGCUAUGCCCGCGAUUCUGUUGACAGUCUUUGCAAGUGCUUGUAUCCUCAAAUGAAGAGAGAAAUGCUGAAGACCAAGAAGUCUCAGAUUUCGCUUUAUGCCGGCUACGGAUGGAAAUGGAGUCAAUUACACCCUAAUGCAUAUGUUCUGAGUUUACCAAAUAUCGAUAUCAAUAGAUAUGAGAGAAAAUGCUGGACAUGGAUCGAAUUCGAGGCGAUCAAUGCCUUCAUGCAUACUUUACCUCAGGUUGAGGUUGCGCAACCCCUUGAAAAUGCUUGGAAUGCCAUGACCAAGUUCUACCGCAGUGGAGAUCUAUUUUCAAAAGGAAAUCAGAUAUAUGCUGAUUUGAGAGGAGAUUUGGGCAUCGCAUCGGAUGAUAUGCUGAUUUCGGUUGUGGCCGGAGCUUUACCAUAUCCGACCGAUGUAUCCAGCUCGAAAAACUGGAAAAGCUUACAACAAGCACCAGGCGAUUUGGAUAGUGAGACGAAUACAAGCCCCGAAAUCGACUCGAACUCAGCCCAUGAGCUAAACUCGGAAUUGGGACACACCAGUGAGCUUGGAGAGUUCAGUCGGCAUACAUCCAAUGAAGUUCCUACCACGCAAGGACGCUCUUCUUUCACCGGAAAUCCUUUCAAUACCUCCGAGCCUCCUGGUGCAAAUACUGUCGCACGUAGAUCACAGACACCUGUUCAAGAAGCAGGAGGUAACAUGCUCAGGGACUUUAACAACAGUAAUAUACCUGAGCAACCACAAAGAACCUCCCAGAGCAUGACAGUCGCCUCACAAGCAGUAGAGGAAGAUCCUGACGCAAAUAUAAGUGCCGCAUGCAUUACCCCACAGCGAUUGGUAGAAUUAUCAUUGUAUUUCUUUGCUCGUCAAGAAGCAGACGAUACACAUGAUCACUAG